AUGAAACACUCAAAAUCAGACCACUCUGGCAUCGGCCAGGGAUCUGGGAAAUCACGGUUGCUCGGAAAAACAUACUUGAGUAAAAGUCACGAGAAUUUAUCAAGUCACCAAAAAAAGAAAUUAUCCACAGUGAUGGAACAGCCGAGUGUAAGUAAAUCUAAAGGAACAACCAAGUUAUCAGACUCAUCAAAAUCUGUCGAUAAAAAUAAAGAAAAUGUGGCCUUAAAGGAAAAGGAGAAAGGGUCUGGACGAUCCAAACCAAAUAAACCAGCCACUCUUCCAACCCCAGGUCAAAUUCCAUUACGUAAAGCUUCCAGUACGCAGUCUAUAGAUAAAACUAGUCUUGGUGGUUCUAGCACCAUCAGUUGUCCCACUAAAACACAACCCAUGAACACUAGCAACAAAACUUUAUCAAUAAAACGUGCUCAGAGUACACAGAACGUGAGCAAGGAUAAAUUGACGCGUAAACGAACCUCAGCCCCAGCUGAUGUAAUGGCAUACAAUGCUGAACUUUUGGCAAAUUUUGAAAAAGAGAAGAAACUUCAAGAAGCGAGAAUAUCUGAGUUGAUUCAAAAAGCUGAGGGUCGAAAAGCUGAAAUUGAACGUUUGAAAUACGAAAAUAAACGGUUAAAAGAACAGAUUCCGUCAGUGGCAGUAAAAGAUGAGUUGGAAUUAUUACGGAAUCAGAAUAAAAAUUUAUCAGAUCGUCUGACAGAAUUAGGAAUUCCCAUUGAGCAGAUAACAGACGCAGAG